GCAGACAUGCGCAGCUGUCAGCCCUGUGGAGGCUAAACAGACCGCCUUCUCUGUCUUACACACAUACACACACACACACACACACACACACUGAUCUGAGCAGAGUCCUGCUCAACAUCCCGCUGGUUGGAUUUCUGUCAGCAGCUCUUCUCACCAGCAGAUCAUCAGUCUUCAGCAGGAGAUAAACGAUGUCGAACAGCGGUGAAGCUUUGGAUUCAGGGCUGAACGGCGUCUCCAAACAGUCUGCAGGAUCAAACCAACAUGGCGCCACCGUCAGUUUUCACAAUAUUUACUACAAAGUGAAGCAGGGAGGAGGCUGUUUAUGUCGGAAAAAGGCCACGAUCAAAGACAUCCUCAUCGACCUGAAUGGGAUCAUGAAACCGGGUCUGAACGCCAUCAUGGGAGCAACAGGAAGCGGAAAAUCAUCGUUCUUGGAUGUUCUGGCAGCCAGAAAAGACCCUGCAGGUCUGACCGGGGAAGUCCUGAUUGACGGAGCUCCUCAGCCUCCCAACUUCAAGUGUCUGUCUGGAUAUGUGGUCCAGGACGAUGUGGUGAUGGGAACUCUGACGGUCAGAGAAAACCUGACCUUCUCUGCAGCUCUUCGCCUCCCGUCGAGCAUCAGUCAGCAAGAGAAAGACCAGAAAGUCAACAAGCUGAUCCAGGAACUGGGACUGGGGCGAGUAGCCGACUCCAAGGUGGGUACUCAGCUGAUUCGUGGGAUCUCUGGAGGAGAGAGGAAGAGGACGAACAUCGGGAUGGAGCUGAUCAUCGACCCCCCUGUUCUCUUCUUGGAUGAACCCACUACGGGCCUCGAUGCCAGCACGGCCAACUCUGUGCUGCUGCUGCUGAAGAGGAUGGCGAACCACGGCCGCACCAUCAUCCUGUCUAUCCACCAGCCCCGCUACACCAUCUACCGCCUGUUCGACAGCCUCACUCUGCUGGUCAACGGCAAACAGGUUUACCACGGCCCGGCACAGAGCGCUCUGGACUACUUUUCUGACAUCGGAUUCAUCUGCGAGGCUCACAACAACCCUGCUGACUUCUUCUUGGACGUCAUCAAUGGAGACUCCACCGCUGUCGCCCUUAGCAACCUGGACCAGGAAGAUCUUCAUGAUGACUCAGAUUCUACGUCAAAAUCCAGAAAAGGAAUUGAGGACAAACUGCUUGAGGAGUACAGAAACUCCCAUCACUACAGACAAACCAAGGCAGAGCUAGACAGGAUAGUGCAAGGAAAGCAGACCGCCAAGUUCUCUCCCUCCAGAACCAUCACCUACAACACCGGUUUCCUGACGCAGUUCAAGUGGGUUCUCAAGAGAACGUUCCGUAACCUGAUUCUCAACCCUCAGACCUCCAUCGCUCAGGUAGCGGUAACGCUGUUCCUCGCUCUGGUCGUCGGAGCGCUUUUCUUCAAAGUCCAGGAGGAUCAGAGCGGAAUACAGAACAGGAUCGGCUCGCUCUUCUUCAUUGUUGUGAAUCAGUGUUUCAGCUCGUUGUCGGCUGCUGAACUCUUCAUCACUGAGAGGAAACUCUUCACUCAUGAAUACAUCAGUGGAUACUACAGAGUGUCCGUCUACUUCCUGUGUAAGAUCCUGUCUGACAUCCUCACCCUGAGGACCAUCCCUGCCAUGGUCUUCACCUGCGUGGCCUACUUCAUGAUCGGUCUGAAGGCCACAGUGGAGGCCUUCUUCACCUUCAUGUUCACCGUGGCGCUGGUCUCCUACACGGCCACCUCCAUGGCCAUGGCCAUCUCAGCUGACCAGACAGUGGUGGCCAUCGCCAACAUCUUCAUGACCAUCUCCUUUGUCUUCAUGAUGAUCUUUGCAGGUUUGCUGGUGAAUCUUCCCUCCAUCGCCAGCUGGCUGGCUUGGUUAAAAUACCUGAGUAUACCCAGAUAUGGCCUCAGUGCUCUGCAGGCUAACGAGUUCCCCGGUCUGAACUUCUGCACGGGGUUAAACAGCUCCAUGCUCCCUCCAUCAGUCUCGUGCACGGGGGAGUCUUACCUGGAGAAGCAGGGCGUGGACUACUCGACGUGGGGUCUCUGGCAGAACCACCUGGCUCUGAUCGUCAUGAUCAUCUGCUUCCUCACCAUCGCGUACCUGAAGCUGCGCUUCAUCAGGAAGUUCACCUGAAGUCUGCUGGGCUCCUGUAGCCAGCGUGCUUCUUAAUGCCUUUAUUUUUACAGACACGAUUUGUUGUUUUGGUUCAGUUUUACAUUUACAGUCGAUUCAUGUGAUCAAAUCAGCCCCAGAUGACAAAAUGAUGCUUGGAACAACAAAUCAUCUGUUCACUCCUUAUUAACACGGCGUCCUGCUGCAUUACUGACUGAUUUCUGCACUUUAAUGUCAAAAGCCAUGUUAAUGUUUCUAUUUUCUAUUUAUCAUUUGGUUUUUUUACUAAAUAAAAUGAUGGCUUUGUGUUUGGA